AUGGGAUACGCUAAAAGCAGCGUUGACAUGGAUUCGAGAAGAAGGAGUGUAUCGUCUGUCCCUGGUUCCAGCUUUAACAUCAGAGGGCAGGCAUCUAAAAGUAGCCCAUUUUAUCCCAACUCCUCCAGUAGGUGGGCCGAAGCAAUGAUUAAAAAUCACAUGAUGUCUCACUACAAACGGAUUUAUUCAGCUAAAGCUGUUGUCGACACCUCGAUACCCAAAAGCCUUUCACACAAUAUGAAGUACAUUGACAGGAAGAGGCAGGAGCGUAUAAAGCAAGGCGGUCGUCCCCAAUCUGCGCAGUCAUUCUCUCAUGGGAACAGCAGAGCUUCAUGUUACUCGGCGCAAAGUCGAUGUUCCCUGCAGUCGGAAUGCCGGCCCUACCUCAGCUCAAGAAACACUGUGCUCUCCACCCCAGGAUUUCGCAGUUCCUUUCAAACUAAGGAGAUGCCCUUUUCUAAAGCUGCCCCUCAGAAUCAUCAUUAUCACCAUCGCCCUCACUCCGCCGCAGAACAAAAGUUUCGAAGCCAGGAGUCGAUAUCGCACUGGCAGCCAUCGGCAUCUUACCUAUACUCCUCGGGCGGCUCGAGCUUUUCCAGGGCGUUCCGGGAUCCCGUGCAAAAGACGUACAGCGGCGACUUGCUCCAGAAACAUUCGCAGCACUUCACCCAAGACAAGCCUUUCACACCUAGGAUGCUGAGGUCGGAAAAGAGCUCGUACCUGUCGAGUUAUCGCUACUACCAGGCGCCGAGGGUCACCAAAUUUAAAGGAUGUGACGACUUAAGAUCGGAGAAAGGAGCAAAAACUAUACAGCAGACACAGGAGUUGGAAGAGCAACUUCAGGAACUUGAUAAAGAGCAACAGUUGAAUGAGGACAAGCACAAUGGGACAUACUUAACACCAAAACAACAAACAAACAAGAGCCGCAACUAUGAUCACUUCGACUUAUCCAGCAUAUUUUCUUCCAGUUUCACACUUGAGGGUGGAAACAUGUCUUCAAGUGCAGAGGACGAAGAAUUGAUGUACCUCGAAUUUAUUAAUGAUGUAACGGAAGACAUCUUGUCCAGAGGAUCCGUCUCUAACAGGGUCCUCAACCGGGUGAUAGAGCGGCAUAUUGAUAUGAAUCUGCAUCGUCUGGAUGAGGCUAAAAUGCGCCACCUUCUGGAUAUCCUGCGCAACAACCUGGACGAGCCUUCCUCUGCGUCCUCUUACAGCGAGGAGCUUGUGAAAAAAGACUUGUUGGAUUCUCUCCUAGUGACUCCUGAACCAACACUGGAACAAGUGAAAAACGAAGGGGACAACAGCCUCUCUUUUUAUAAAAGCAAAUGUGAAAAUUCUCCAGCGCGGUGUCAGGAGCCCGUGUUAAACACCACACCACUGUGGUCUCCUGAAAAACGUUUCUCGCUAACAGGGAAUGAAAAGGCCGACGAGGAGGUGAAUCGGGAAGAAAGCGAGCUUGAGGAUGCUAGCAAUAAUGAAGUAAAGGAUGUAGAACACUACCGGUUGUUCGCGACGGAGCAGGAAGAGGCAGACGGAGAAACCAGACAUGAGGAGUUCCUUCAGGACCAGGUUGAGGUGAAUUUUACAGAACAAUCCAAAGAUCUUGAAGACCUGGAAAGAAGGUUUUCAGAGUCGCUGCAUGUCGAUCAAGAUGACACAUUGGACUUUAGUAGUGAGCAACAAACAAAUACACUGACGUCCGUCAGUGAGAACGACUUUUGA